GGCGGCGGCCCUGCACGUAGGGCUCCGGAUGGAGGCGGCGCCGGACCCCGGGCCGAGGCUCUGCUGCAAGCCUGGUGGUCGGCUGGACAUGAGCCACGGCUUCGUGCACCAUAUCCGUCGGAACCAGAUAGACCGGUACCGCCCCGCCCCGCCACCCCUGUCCAGGCCUGGCCCGGCCGUCCCUGACUCCCGCUCGGCUCCCCGCAGGGACGACUACGACAAGAAGGUGAAGCAGGCGGCCAAGGAGAAGGCGAGGAGGCGGCACACGCCCGCGCCGACGCGGCCCCGCAAGCCCGACCUGCAGGUUUACCUGCCGCGACGCCGAGAUGGCUCUACCCGCCCAGUCAACCCAGACUAUAAGGAGUCCGGUGAAAGUAGCAGUAGUGGUGGCUCCGAGCUGGAGCCCUCUGGCCAUCAGCUCUUCUGCUUAGAGUACGAGGCGGACAGUGGAGAGGUCACAUCAGUUAUCGUGUAUCAGGACGAUGACCCAGGAAGGGUGAUUGAGGAGGUGUCAGCACACACGCCUCUGGAUCCUCCCAUGAGAGAGGCCCUCAAGUUGCGUAUCCAGGAGGAGAUUGCAAAGCGCCAGAGCCGACACUGACCAAGCUGAAGGUGCUCCCUCCAGGCUGGAUUCACUGUAUUCAGAAGAUUUCUGCCCGGGGAAUUUACCCCUCUUUUAGGGGUGCCAGGAGAAGUCUGUCUGAUCUUGAGCCCCGCAGAGUUGGUGCUUCCACAAGGGUGUUUACUGGGCUAUACUUGGCCCACCUUGCAGACAUUCUUGUAUGUCAGCCCAUUUUCCCAAUCUAAUAUUCUGGAACAUUUUGAGACUUUCAUUUGGCUAACUUGGUGUUCUGGAAGCAGAGACUUCAGGGAGGGCCAGGGUUUAUGAAGCCUCGGGCCAAUAUGCUGCUUUCUCACUGA